UUUAACAUGUGAGAGUAAAAUAAAUAAAAUAAAAGAAAAGAUAGAAUAAAUGGACAUCCCCAUCGGAAUUGUUCUUGAAUCACACACAAGAGAAAGGUUUUGCAUUUCUCUGCCAUGGCUGGUCUCGCCAGCGCCUUGACAUUCAAACCCAUUCUUUCUAGAUCGAACCCCAACUUCCUUCCUUAUCUUCACCCCACCCGCUUGACCAUCUACCUUCACUCUCCAACAUUCUCUCUGUCCACAUCUUCCGUCACCUCCGCCUCUAUCUCCGCCCAGCAUUUUGACCGUCGUGGAGGCAGCUCUGAUGAUGACGAAGCCCUAGACUUAUCUGUUAUAAGGUCAAACAAAGUCAGGCUUAUUGACCAAGAACAAAAUAUGGUUUGUUCCUUAGAGAAUGAGUAUGGUCAAACAAAGUCAGGCUUAUUGACCAAGAACAAAAUAUGUGUUGAAGGUCUUCCAAUUCAUCUUUUUGACUCUCUGGCUUUGUAUUCCAUUGCCAAUUUUAUUGGUAAGCCACUGAAAACAGAUGCUGCAACAGCAAGCCUGUCAAGGCCAUCUGUUGCACGUAUUUGUGUUGAGGUUGAUACCAGUAAGGAACUGCCUCAUGGUGUUUGGAUACAUCUUGGUCAACUUAUAUUUCAUCAACCUAUCAAUUAUGAAGAUCUUCCUGAAUACUGCCCUUCCUGUAAAUCUUUUGGACAUAAAAAUUGCAAAAAGGCCACAAAAUCCUCUAGAUGGGUGUUGAAGGACACGCCAGGGACUGGGAAUACAGCUCCUGCUGUAGCCGUCCCUCCGUUGCAAACGGUGGACACAAACUGUCUCCCAAGACAGAUUUGGAAGGAUGCUUUGGAGAACAACCAAACUCCAACUAACAUCGACCCUAAUUCCGAGAUUGAACAAAGCUGUGAGGCACACAAACUGUCUCCCAAGACAGAUUUGGAAGGCACACAGUACGAAGAGGAAUUCCCUCCCCUCUCUAAAGAGUCCUUAACUGCAACCACGGAUGAUUUUCCAGCCCAAAAAUUUAAUAGUGAUGCACACACUCUUUCCUUCGAGAAAGAGAUGGAUGGCACACUAUCCCCUUCUAUCAAUGGAGAUGAUGAAACUAUUUCUGAUCCUUCUCUUAGCAAAAUUUUUUUCCCACCAGUAACUAACAUUGCAGGUAAUGACCAAACUACUAUUGGCCCUAUUCUUCACUCUUUUGAGGUGGAUGGACAACACUAUGAAAUUAGGUCCUAUGAAGAAGCGGAGACAAGCAACCUAAGGGAGGAACCUAACGACUUCCAAGAUGUCCAGAACAAACGCAACAGAAAAGCGGGGAAGAGGGGAACUGCACCAAGGACGAUUAAAACUAGAAGCUACGAUCCAAAUCUUGAAGUUGGAACAGUGAGCGAGAUCACUAGAUACUGGCCCAGCCGCAAAUCAACCACAAUGGAGAAAAUCGUCACUACCAAAAGUUAUUCUAGGCCCUUUUGGUAUGUUGGACCUGUCGGCCCAAUUGGGGCAGAUGGGAAAAGGCCAAAGAAAAUAAUGCCCAGAAACCUUGCCUUGGAUCAACACCCGGGUUUUAUAAUUUGGGAAUGACCAUUUGUAGUUCUUUCGAUUCACUCUUCAUUCAGUUUUUUUUCCAUGCAUUUCUAGAGGGGCAUUGGCCUAGUCCUCCCCUCCCCUGUACCUUUUCUUUUCUUUU